GUGGGGAGGUACAAACGAAAUCGUCUGAUACUGAAACAUAAAUAAAAAAAAGAUCUCUUAGUUCAUAGGAGUCUUUAUUCACGCAGAGAGGAUUACUUUGACUGUGUUCAUCUUGUUCAACCAGGAACUGCCCAAGAAGUGGAGGAACAGAGCUUAGCCAUCUGGAUUUAAGAAGCUGAAAACCAUGUCUCUUCCCCGACAGCUGCGAGAAAAGAGUGAUUUUGACCAGCUUCCAGAUGAUGUACCUGUUUCAGCCAACAUUGCAGAUAUUGAAGAGAAGAAAGGCUUUACUAAUUAUUAUAUGUUUGUCAUUGAAGUGAAAGUUAAAGGUGGUGGCAGAUACCUGAUUUUCCGGCGCUAUCGUCAGUUCUAUGCCCUUCACACCAAACUAGAGGAGAGAUAUGGGGCAGAGAGCAAAAAUAGCCCCUUUACCUGCACACUCCCCGUGUUGCCAGGAAAAGUUUAUGUUGGAUCCAAAAAGGAAAUUGCUGAGAACAGGAUUCCUAUCCUAAAUAUCUACAUGAAGAACCUACUCUGCCUACCUGCUUGGGUGUUGAUGGAUGAAGAGGUACGGCUCUUCUUCUACCACUCAACCUUUGAUGGUGAACAAGUGCCCCACAGACUGAGACGACUUCGCCCACGGACACGCCGAGUUAAAAGCAUUUCACCUCAAGCGCCUAUUUUUGACCGCAUGGCAGCUCCUCGGGCUGAGGCACUGUUUGAUUUUCCUGGAGCCAAUAAACUAGAACUCAGCUUCAAGAAGGGGGACUUGAUCUAUCUACUCAGCAGAGUAAACAAAGACUGGUUGGAGGGAACAGUUGAUGAUGCCACUGGGAUUUUCCCAUGUGCUUUUGUGAAAAUCAUAAAAGAUUUACCACAGCAGGAAGAUACAGUUAAUAAAAUUCGCUGUUAUUACCAGGAUGAGACUGUGAGCACUAUCAGGGAUAUCUCAGUGGAAGAAGAUCUGAGCAGCAUUCCACUGUUUAAAGAUCUCAUGAAAUUGAUGAGGAAGGAGUUUGACCAAGAUGACAUUGUUUUGAAUUACCGAGACCUUGACGGUGAUCUGAUCCGGUUGCUCUCUGAUCAGGAUGUUGAACUCAUGGUAUCUCAGAGCAGGAGAAGACCCUCUGAAAAGCAUUUUUUCCCUUGGAAGUUGCACAUCACUCACAAAGAUGACUUGAGUGCCUACAACACUAGUCCAGGAAUGAGUGCUACUCAGACAGUAAGAGCAACAUAACUGUGUUCCAGUAGGUUGCUAUACAGUCUUUUAAUAACCCUCCCCUGCAGACAGUUUCCUUUAACAAGCCUUUGAAGUGGGCUUGAAAAGAGUAAUUUUUAGUAUAUAGAUUACCUUUCAGUGUAAAAUCUGUACUUAGCUUCUAGAGAUUUUUAACACUCCUCUGAAACAGAAACAUCUACAUAGAGACCAAUGAAAGUGAGUAACAGAGAAAUGAAGUCACUGGCCAUAUUCACAAAACUAGUCAGCAUUAGCCUGCAAGAAGUUUAGCAUUCUGAGCCCCAAGACCUGCUCUAAUCUCUGUUCUCAGUUCCAGAGCUAAUUGUUUGUUCAGGAUGUCCCAAUAAGCAUUUUUUCCUAGGUUCCCAUAAUUUUCUAUUCCCUUACUGAUAUGAAGGUUUGUAUGCCAGUGCUUAUGAAAGCAUAGUUACUUCUGUCAUGUGUGAGUCUGAAUGGACUUUCAGAGUUUUGUUUGAAUACAAUACACCUGUGGUGUUCCUCAUAGACCUUUUUGUAAUUGUACAGGAUACUUAUCUCUGCAUUCUGGGGGAAUUUGUGUGAUGUGUAUUCAAACAGCAAAUUCUUCUCUGUCUUCUGCUUUCUGACAUCUCAUUGCAAAGUAGAACUAAUAUGAAAUUACUGUAUCAGAUUCUUCAACAAAUAAA